CCAGUUUAUCCCAUCCCUACUUAAUUACCAUCCAACCUCUAGUACACCUGCACCACCUUUCCGCAUCGGUUGUUAUUGCAUCCUAACAUUAUCGCAGCUGUCAGAAAGUUAUUACAAGAUACCUACCCAGUGGGCCCGAAAUCUUAUACGUAUUCUCAAGCCGCGCCCACCUGUCCCGAAAGAUAGCACAUCUAAUCUUCAACUUCUAAGAUCCAUCCAUCAUCAUGGCCAAGUCAUCGAAUCACAACAGUAGCACCCGAAAUCAGUUGCAGUGUACACUCGACAAACAUCCCCAGGCUAGCGUGCUUGCCAGUUGUUACAGCGUCAAAUCAUCCACUUCCGUGAUCGAUAGUUUCCACUACUGCACUACCGCGGGGGCCGGUACGAUGCCCCUUUCCGCAAUCGAUCAUUAUGGGACACAGUGGUAUCCCUGAGGUCCCUUCGGGGUCAAAGACAUCUCCAAGUCCUCCCUUUGGACUCUCCAUCGCUCCAGGCAUGGGGGUUAGUUGGCCGGGCAAUAUAUUACCGGAAUAUAAAGGGGAGGCAAUGCAUACUAUCCCGGAAGAGUGUGAGAGGCUCUUCUGUGACACAUUGUCUGCGAUCUUUCUUGGUGAGAGGAGCUUCGCUGGACAAGAGUCACUUGGGGUAGGUGCGUCUCAAAGCCGGCCGAACAAUAGUAUGCCGAUUGAACAGUGGUUUGAGCUGUUGGAUUACACCAGCGACACUAUACACCGUGGUUUUGUAACCAAUGCGAGCGGCGAACCGACCUUGUUUGUUUUCCUUGCAGAGAACGCACUCGGUCACGGACUGAAAACAGGGUUAAUUGCCCUGUUUGAACUUGCUAAUAUAUCUGCUUUUGGGUGCCCCCGAAUUGUGGCAUGUGUACCCCGUUCGCACGAUGCAGUUGAACUAGAAGCUGUACGGAACCUCGGUUGGUGCGGAUUCAGUUUGACUACUUUGCAACCGUGGAGUGGUGCAAGAGACGUCGAACGCUCGCUUAGCACUAAAUGGCUUUUCUUGGAUGCGGAG